AUGGGCAAAUGUGCCCACACCUGCAUGUGCAUUCCUUCUGAAGCGAGGAAGGCUGGCAAGCUUUGGGUCUUUGUCGACGACCAGUUGGUCUGGGAGCACGUGACUCCGAGGCAGUGGUCGAGCGGUGCGACAGCAUCGGGGGCGGCGAAUUGGCAAUACGCCUCCACCGGCAUGGACGACAAGACGACUGCGGUGCAGAGCGUCCAAAUCCGUCCGUUCCAACAGGGCCUGAUUUGGGGAGUUCAGUUGGAGCAGGAGAUGGGCCUCAUCAAGGUCCUUUGGAUUGAAUCCGGCCGCUUCGCUUUCAACAUGGACCAGUCCGGCUACUCUGCGGCAGAUGGAGUCGUUGUGCGCGACGUCGUUCACUGCAGGUUCAGCGAGGAGGGAAUGCUCGAAUAUACUCCAGGCCCCAAACCUUGGAGACUGAUCCUCAACCCAGAGCCUUGCGACACAAGCCGUUCAGGAACGGCAUGCGCUGAGGUGAAGCAAGCGAAGUGCCCCAUCAUCGGCGGUGACAGUCAGUACUUGUUCCUUUCCGAGUGUCCGGAACUGUCGCAGUGUUUGCGUGAUGUGAUCGAUAAUGUUGACGGUUUAGGUAACACCGGAUGGUGUCUCACUGCGACUGGCGAUGUGCACGCCAAUACUCAAACUUGGCAAAACUGUGUUGAAACCAUCCCAGGAUAUGAGGAACGGUGCAACCCCUACCGGCCUCCAAGUGCGUUGCUUCAGGGAUAUGAGCUUGUCAUGCUGGAGCCUGAUACUCCAAGCCACGCAACCUAUGGAAGGUGCCCAUGCAAGAAAGAGAACUUGCGUAAGGGCUAUGCUAUGCUGCUUGGUUUGAUUGCGGCUCCUAGUCCCGGAGCCGCGGACUCGAAGAUGUCGGAGCUAUGCUUAGCUUUUGUACAGCUUACAUAUACGAACGUUUUCUAA